CUCCUCCUACGCGACUGUGCCGUGCCACUGCCAGUACGCGUCCUUCAUCCUCUUCUCCUUCCUCUGGCUCUGGGCGCAAUUUUGUUCUUGGUCUGCUUGCAUGGGUCGAUUAACGGGUCGCUUGUUUGUUGGCUUCACCACUGCGCUCAUCUGUUUCAUCGCAUAUUCCUCGCAAAUCUUCGUCAUUUGGCCAUGGUACGGUCGGGUACUCUCCGUUGAGCUGCUUACGCUCCUCGUGCCUUUCAAUGUCUUGGUGGGCAUGCUCUUUUGGAACUACUACCUGUGCACCGUGACGGAUCCAGGAAGAGUGCCACACGGAUGGCAACCAGACGUCCAAGGUAACGAUGGCUAUGAAAUCAAGAAGCUCACUCAUGGCCCAAGAUUUUGUCGAACGUGCGAGACGUAUAAGCCGCCUCGCGCACAUCAUUGUAGGCAGUGCAAACGCUGCGUGCUGCGCAUGGAUCACCAUUGUCCUUGGGUGAACAACUGUGUCGGGCAUUUCAACUACGGACACUUCAUCCGGUUCCUCUUCUACGUGGACUGCGCAUGCACGUACCAUCUAGCGAUGAUUUCUAGGCGCAUAUAUCUUGCUACGCAAGUCUGGGAGAACUUCGAGAGCGCAGAGCUCAUAUUCAUCAUCUUGAACAUGGUUACCUGCAUACCCGUCUGGCUCGCUGUCGGUGGCUUCACUCUGUAUCAUUUCUGGAUGUUAUCGGGAAACAGCACUACGAUUGAAGGCUGGGAAAAAGACAAGGUUGCGACCCUAGUACGACGUGGCAAGAUUCAUGAGAUUAAAUUUCCUUAUAAUCUGGGUGUAUGGCGCAACAUCUGCUCUGUACUGGGCGACUCGCCACUGUGGUGGUGCUGGCCGACCGUCCCAGCAGGUACAGGCCUGAAGUACCAGCUCGCUGAAGGCGAUGACGGUAAUGCUGAAAACUGGCCUCCUGAGGAUCCUUCUCGGAUCUCCAUGCCCGAAGCCGAUCCCAACUACAAGUUCACCCUCCCACCAAGCCCAUGGACAUAUGAGAACGGCUCAGUCAACCCCUACCUCCAGCCCUCCAACGCCAGACGCCGACAAACCGCCCGAAACGGUCCCUACGCCGCUUUACCACCCUACCACCCCGACUAUCGUGAGCCCGAAGCUGUCGUCCCGUACGAUCCUGCGUCUUCUAGCGAGGAUGAAUAUGGCGGCAACCCUGCGAGGGGCGUCCGCGUGCGGCGGGGCUCAGAGGGUUAUGAAGUCAAAACGAUAGACAGGGAGGCGAUGUUGCGUGGAUCCAUCGAGGGCCGGACGCAUGAACCUGGGAGGUACAACUACUAUAAUCCCGAAGUCAGCAGCGAGAGUGAGGCAGAGGAUGACCAGGAUGACUCGACGCCUCUCGCUGCGAAGCUGGGAGGCCGAUAGGUCAGCAGGGACGGCUGCCGCUAGUGACCUGCUCGUGAAUCGAUCUGGGUGUAAUGCUGGGAUUUGUACACGGACUAACAUAAUUGGGAUGCUAU